AUGACGCGGGCGACGCGCUUUGCGAUGCUCGCGGGCUGUGCCGCGCUGCUAUACCUGAUCUUCCUCGUCGGGAUCGUUCCGGUGCCACUCGUGCCGGCGAGUGUGGCGGACGCCGUGCUGCCAACGCUGCCGUGGUGGGUGCUCGUGAGCACCGGCGCCUACUUGCUCUUCCAGGUCGGCUGGGGCCUGUACAACUUUAACGACACGCCGCAGGCGUACGACGAGCUCUUGCUGGACAUCAAGACUGCCAAGGACUAUUUGCGCGAGCGUGGCGUCUCUGUCGAUGCCUGA